CCAAUAGGUGCGGAGCUUGUUGCUGUGUCUCCAGGUUGCUAUGGAGACGGCAGCAGCAGUACGGAGCGCCAUGCAGCCCUCAGCCCCGGCUUCUCCCCGCUCCCUCCUCCUGCUCCUGGGCUUGGCUCGGUUCUGUCUGCCCCAGUCCACCUCCAUCCCCUUCAUCCUGCCGGGGAACUGCAGCGGCGGCGGCGGCCAGUACUACAGCGCGGUGCGGUUCUCCUGCGACAGCUGCAACUCCGGACUGAGGGCUCCAGAUGGUCUCGGUUGCGCCUGUCCGACCGGUUUCGCUGUUUCGGAUCUGGGAUCUCCACAAGUCACCUGUAGUCAGUGCCAGCCUGGUGAGCGCGUGUCCGUGGACCGGAGGAGCUGCCUGCGGUGCGUCGGCAGCAGGUGCUCCUGUAACAGCGACGAAGCUACAGAGGAAAACUUAGUAGAUAAAACAUACACGUGUGUCUUAUGUACGGGAGGGACGAGGCCAAAUGCAGCAGGAGACCAGUGUGAACUGUGUCCUCCCACCUUCAGUAGUAGCUGCAGCUGUGCCACCAACCACGAGAGCGGAGGCCUCUGUCUUCCCAUCGCCAAACAGGACCUCACCUCGGGGACGCUAUGGGAGUCUCUGUACCUGUACGCCAGCUACGCGGUUUGUAUGAACCACAACAACGUGACCGCCUGCCAGGUGCUCGUCAAUAUGGUCGCCAUGAACGCCUUCUCCAGCAGCAGCAAAGCCUUCGAGCUGUACAGCAGCAUCAGUCCGUCCAAUCCAUCUCUGCCACCCGUGAUUUACAGUACGGUGACUCAGCUGGGCACCACGGCGCCAACCAACCUGUCCUACCAGAAGAACGCACAGAUCCAGUUCCGGUUGGUGAAGUACGACGUCCGUGGGCAUUUCUUGGGUUGGGAAAUUCUGAGAGGGGACACGUUACAGAUGUGUCCGUCCACGCAGAUCGCCUUGGAUGCCGUCUUUAAGUUCGGAACAUUUUACAGCCUGUCGUGCUCCCUGCAGGUGGCCGAUCUCUUCCAGAAGGUGCCGGAGCCGGUAUUUUACGAGCUAUUCUUGCUGUACACCUCCGCCAGCGGUGCCACCAUGCUGUGGCCGGUACCCGUGUGGAAUGCCAACCUCCAAGGCAGCGGGGGGACUCUCGGCUCCCGCGCUCUGAGGCGAUUCUUUCUGGUUGACGGCAUCUCCGGCAGAACGUUGAAUCUUUCCAGUGUGCCGACCUACGUCACCGUCGCCACGAGCCUGACCCUGAGUGUGUUCCUGCCGCUCAGCCCCCCGAGCAGCGUGCCCCCCGUCCAGCUGACUGUACAGUACCAGAGACAGAGUCUGCAGGCCGCCGCACAGGUUUCAUUCGCGGUCACGUACACGCAGAGUGACGGGACAUAUAAACAGGCCACAAACAUUGCCCUUGGGGUGUUGGGCUCUUUGGCCGCCUUACUGGCAAUUUUGGAGACCAGCAGUUGGCUGCGGAGAUCCGGGCAGCAGAACAUUGGCGUUAUGGUGAUUGUCAAAUUCCUGGCCUUCCUCAGUGGCACACUGGCAAACACGUUUUUCCUUGUGGCAUAUGGGAUCGCAAUCUACUGGCUGAUUGCCUUUAAGGGUCAGACGUCGGUGGUCAGUGUGGCUUUACCGCCGUCCGGGGGGCAGCAGGAGACUGAUUUCACCACCUUCUUAUCCGUGGCGUUCUCUCUGAAGGCGUUGGAGCUCGUCCAUUUGCUAUCCUCGCAGCUCACAUACAACAUCUUCCUGAUCGACUGGGAGAAGCCAAAAGACAAAAGUUCAUCUAACGCACAAGGAAGGUCUAACGUCAGCAUCUGGAGGACCAUCCUGGUGGCCAACGAGUGGAGUGAGAUCCAGGCUCAUCGGAAGCUGAGUCCUCUGCUGCAGCUCUUUGCGGUGCUGCUGCUCCUGGAGGUGGUGGGCCUGAAAAACAUCGCCACCAAGGACCUGGCCCUGGAGCUGAACCCCGCGGCCGGGAGCUAUCGGGCCCCCAUGAGUAUUUUCCUGAGGUUUGGCUUGUCGGCCUCCAUGUGGUUGGCCGUAGGGAUCGUGCAGGUUCUGUUCUUCAUCCUCAUCUAUGAGAGAUUCUUUGAAGAUAAAAUUAAGCAGUUUGUGGAUUUGUGUUCGCUCAGUAACGUGUCAGUCUUCAUCCUGACUCACAAGUGUUACGGGUAUUAUAUUCACGGGCGGUCGGUGCACGGUCAGGCAGAUGUCAGUAUGGAGACCAUGCUGGACAACCUGCGCAAGGAGGAGGACAAUUUGUGCCCCCUGAGAGGCUUAGAGGCCGGCGCGGAGCAGCAGACGUUCGAGGUGCUGCUGAGUGAGCGGGUGCGGGAGCAGUACGAGAAGAUCAUGCAGCCGCUGGUAGAGGCUCCCAGGGGCCCAAAAAGUGGGAACGAAAAAAACCCGAUGCUACAGCAAAGGAUAAAAACCUAUCACACCAUUAACCGCUUCCUGUCCGGCUUCCUGGAUCACGUCUAUAAGGACAUGGAUUACAUGGUGAAGGACAAGCUGUUCCUGGAGAGCGUCCUGGACCUCGAGUUCCAGCAGCCCAUCGAGAAGUCCAUAUUCUACAACGACGAGCGGCUUCGCUUCGGCCGCGCUCUCUUCUACAGUAACGAGCUGGUGCUGCUUCUCUUCGACACCCUCCUGUUUUGUGUCAUAGAUCUGGGGACACAGAAUUUCGUGCUGGCGACGAUUAUAACCUUUGUGGUGCAGAUGUUGGUGAAGUUUUUACGAUCAGAAAUUGGAAAAAAGAAUCUGUCAAUGCAAACGAUGGUGGAAGAAAACUUCCUGAUAUGAGGGGAGAGCAGCGGCGCCGCCACCGCCGGAUGUAUACCUGGCUACUGCGUCACCCCCUGAAUGUACAGAACAAAACUCACUUUGUGAUUAUUUUAUUUUUAUUUUUUGAUAAUUUUGUUGGAAUUUGAUACAAAUAAAUUAUUUUUACAUUUUAAAGACACAAAAUGUAAAUAAAGAAACAUUUCUGAUUGAUUUUAAUUUACAUGUCACAAAAAAAAUACAAACUCACACAAGGCUGAUCUGCCCCCUCCUGACGCUGUGCAGCGGCUCCGUCGCCGCCCGCGAUGUGUUAUGACAGGCGGUAAAGUGAUGCUCGGCCUUCAGACUUCAAGAGCUGCGCCCCUCCCCCGCCUCUCAGGGCCAUGAGGCCCAAUUCUAUACAGCGAGCGCUACUAGAAAAAUACACAAGGAACUUCCACAUCCCUCCGAAAAUAAACAGUUCUCCUUACAGUCCUCCAGCGCUGGCACCACUUCUGACAGCGCAGGCGGCCUAGUGGAAAUGGUCAGGACAGCGAGAGAUUCUCACACGACCCUUGCCCGCAGUCACUAUAUUCUAUUACUCCACGGUUAUCGGGCAAAUCUAUAUAUAAUGUUCAGAAAAACUGCAAAUUGCACAGAUCUUAGGUCUUGCACUCCAGUCACAGCUGAAGCUGCUGCAGAAUGUUUCCACCGCAGUAACAGAGCCUCAGGAUCUGUCAGCAUUGAGCUGGAGGAUGACGAAUUCAGCUUUGGCUGUGACUGGAGCAUAAAACCUGAUGCAAUGAGAUCAGUAAAUAUUCCCAAAAUGAUGCAAAUUAAUCCCAUCUUUGGUGCUGAUUUUGCCGGUUUAUAUUUGUCUUCCUCAUUUUUUACAUGGUGCAGCAUAGCCCCACGCGGGCAGCCGCCAAAGAUCUUGGGUCAAUCAUCAGUAAAAUACAAGGGAAGAAUUUCAAUUCCUCACCAUUAUCAAUAUCUCUGCAUGCUGUCAGUAAAUGGAAACAUUCUAGUUUACAUCCAGAGGCUGAAAAA